AUGAAGAUCGCACGACCACUGCAGACCCACAUGCUUCAAACAGUCCGUUCGACCCACUACAUCUGCACCAUGACCUGGGCCGUCCUGUUGUGCCUUAAUUGUGCCUACAUUGUUGCAUUUUUCAGCGCUGAUAAACAAACCUUAGCCCACAGUGGUUUCGACUGUGACAGCUUUCAUAACAACUCACUCAUACAGAUCUACUUGGCCUUGCAAAUCAUGUCCUUUUUAAUGUUUUUCUUUGUGCUGGUAUCCCUGAUUCUGUUUUACUGGCUGAACGUACGGAAGCUUUGUCAAGCACAGCUUACGAUACCAAAUCAGCAUGGUAAUUUUAAGCUGAGCAACUCAAAGCGUAACAUGCGAGUUUUGGUGGUCAUUUUCUGCGUGUGUUUUGUGCCGUAUCAUCUGGUGAGACUGCCAUACGUGUUCAUCAAACCCCUGCUGAACGACUGCACAACAGAGCAGGUUUUCUACUUCCUGAAGGAGCUGACCGUCCUGCUCGCAGUACUAAAUGCCUGUUUGGAUCCACUUAUCCACUUUGUCUUUUGCAAGACCUUCAGAGCACAGCUUAACCUUCAGAGAUUUUGCUAA